AUGGUGACUGGGGUGGUGGCAAGCGCCGCCGACCUGACCAACGGCAACAGCGUCCUCGGAAGUACAUCCGUCAACCUCGUCGCAGACAACAGCAACAAUAACAUCCCCUCCGUCAACGCGGGCGGUGCCGCGCCCCAAAACGCCCUCUUCGGCACGACCACCAUCAUCGACGAAGAUCUCACCGAGAGCCACACUAUGCCACCAGCUCGGCGCCGCGGUCGUUGGCAGCCCGCAGGGGUUCCACGUCACGACCUCGAAGGACGGCACCAGCAAGACGGUCGUCCUGACGGCCAUGUGAUCGGCGGCGGCGAGGUGCAUGGCGACACGCUCAGCUUCGUCGGGGUGCACCGGAUGGUGGCGUCGGCGGCGUCCCACGUCACCAUCAUCGGCGGCACCAGGAAGUACCAGAACGCCAAGGGCUUCGCCGCCAUUCAGACGCUGCAAACCCACGAUCAGCACACCACCGACGGUGGAAAAAACAUGCUCCAGUUCAACGUUCACCUCUCCUGAGCAGAGCUGGCUGCUUCUUAACUAAUGUACUAUUCCAGGUUAUAUGAUGCUUUGCUGUCGCGUUCAACGUUUGUAAUUUGAAGUAUUUAUCCGGAAUGCCAUAUGUGUAAUGUAACAUAGACCGUUUGAUCGUAUCUCCAAAUCCAAGUAAAGUUC